UACCAACACAAAACUGUAAAAAAAUUAUCAAAAACAAUGCAAAUUUAAACAACUAAGGGGUAUCUAAGGGUGGUAUCCUUGAACAUUAAUUUACAUAUGCACUUCGACAACACCAUCAAGUGUCACGAAUUUGUCAAACUGACAUUGACAGUAAAUUAUAGACGUCGUCGCAUGGUUGUCGAAAGUGUUAUCGGUGUUAAUCGCAACUAUUUUCUGUUCGUUUAUUGUGUUUUGUGAUUUGCGUUUCGUUAGGUUUUUGAUUCUGCGUUUAUUAGUUCUUGUUUUGUGAAUCUGUAUUUUUUGUAACAACUCAUAAUUUAAACACUUCGUAACCUCAAAAAAUAUUUGAUAGUUUGUCACCGCUAUGCCCCUGGAGUGCGUUCAUAAACUAAAGUAUCUUGUGUUGUUGUGACGUCAGAGUAAGGCAAUUUUCACCUAGAGUGAAUGCAGAGCUUUCUGAAGUUUAUGAACGGUUGAAGUAGACUGCAACAUGACAGUUGACACUCUUGUAAUUGUUUGACAUAAAAAUAUAACCUGUCGUUUAAAGUAGCCCACCAAUUCAACAAACGAACCGUAACAAUGAAUGACAUAAUUACUAUCCCUGUUGUAUUAUCAUCGGAAAUGUUAUUUGGCAUUCCGGUUACAUAUUCUUCUGAUGAGGACAGCGAUGUAACUGAUGAAGAAAAUAUUGUUACGAUGAUGCUUAUAAAAAGUAGGAAAAUUAAGAAACCUCAACGUAUUGAGAAUUAUAUUGAAGCAACAAUUUCUGGUUAUACCAAGCAAGAAUUUCAGCAACAUUUUCGAGUAACCAUUGAGGCUUAUGAACAACUCUUACAAACAGUUGGCCCCUAUUUAAUGCGACAAGCUGCUACUGGACGAAGUACUGUUCAAGUCGAAAAACAAUUGUUGUCAGUUAUAUGGAUACUCGUAACACCCGAUUCAUACAGAUCAGUUGGAGAAAGAUUUGGACUAGCAAAGUCAUCUCUUUCACAGUGUUUCAAACGAGUAGUAAAAAUUCUAAAUGCCGUAGCACCAACUAUUAUAAAAUGGCCAGAAGGGAUGCAAUUACAAAAUGUUGAGAGAAGAUUUCAUGCAUUUGCCAGAAUGCCACACUGCAUUGGGGCCAUUGAUGGUACAUACGUGGAAAUCAAAGCUCCUAAAGAGGAUCCUCAAUCCUAUAUUACACGAAAAUGCAACUAUGCUUUUACGCUGCAAGCUAUCGCAGUACCUUCAUUGAAAUUUACAGAUGCAUUCAUUGGUUAUCCAGGAUCUGUAAGUGAUAGCAGAAUAUUUAAAAACAGUGAUUUUUAUAAUGCUGUCAAUGCCAACAUGGGUCAUUACUUUGCCGAAGAACAUUAUUUAAUUGGAGAUAAAGCAUACCCUAAUUUACCAUGGUGUAUUGCACCAUACAUAAAUAGGGGUAACCUGAAUGCAGCACAGGUAUACUUCAACACUGUACAUGCACAGACGCGCCAAGUAAUCGAACGAUCGUUUGCUCUUCUAUUUGGAAGAUUUAGGCGACUCAAGUUUUUAGACAUGAAUGAUACUAAAUUAAUUCCUGCAACUGUGAUAGCUGCAUGCGUAUUACACAAUGUCUGUCUAGACUUUCAUGAUCUCCAUAUUGAUGACUAUAUUAACAAUGGAAUUGAUUAUGUAGUAAAUAAUAAUGAUGGUGACGAUGGCAUUGGUGAAAACGUGGCAAUAGAAGGACGGAGACGACGUGAUGCUUUAUGUCGUCAAAUAUUUCUUAAUCGACAUUAAUUGUACGCUUUUCUUGUAAGUUUUUGUUAAUUGGUAUAUUUAAGUUACUUAUAGGGUUAUACCUACCUCUAUUGUAAAGUUAUCGUAAACUUCAUCUUUAACGUGUUCCAAAUUGCUGGUAUUUUUUUGUACUUCUUAAAAAUAUAUGUUAU